GGCCUCUCUAGCCCAAUGCUGCGCUGCCCAUCCCAGCGUCUCCUGGACAGGAUAGUGCGGCGCUAUGCUGAGGUGCCAGAUGCUGGCAGCAUCUACAUGGACCACCUCACUGACCGGGACAAGCUGCGCCUGUUGUACACCCUGUCAGUGAAUUCACACCCCAUCUUGUUACAGAUCUUCCCCGACGUGGAGGGAUGGCCUUUCCCGCGGUACUUGGGAUCCUGCGGGCGGCUGGUGGUCAGUGCCAGCACCCGACCCCUGCGUGACUUCUAUGGUGCAGCCCCCGAGGUUGCUGCUGACCUGGCCCUCCAACUCCUUGCUGUCCUCCGCUCCAUGGGCACUAACGACCUCAACUAUUUCUUCUACUUCACCCACGUGGAUGCUGGCACCUUCGGCGUGUUCAGCAAUGGGCAUCUGUUCAUCCGGGAUGCCAGCACGCUGGGGAUCAUCGACAAGGAGGAAGGGAGCCAGCUGAUUGACGGCCAACAAGAAUAUAAAGAUAUAUUUAGCUGUUUGACUGUGGACUGCCAGUCUGCAUUUGUGUCCUGUAACUCCAUCGGAGAGAAGCACAGCCUCGUCAUGGUGUGUCGAGAGCUUUUGCCUAAGCUCCUGAAGGGGAAAUUCCUUCAACCCGUGCAGGAGAAGAUAGACAGCUUCCUGCAGCACUGUGCCGACGGCCUCACCGAUGACCAGGGUGUCAAUGGGGCGGUUGCAAAGCUGGCAGAGCUCCUGAAACCUCUGCGGUCUUGCGAUUCCCGUUUUGCCUACCGCUAUCCUGACUGCAAAUACAGUGACAAAUACUGA